AUGCGCAACAUCUUUCCCCUCACGUUGUUGUGUGUCACCCUGAGUAACAUACCGACAGCAGAGGCCAAAGUGUCCGCAUCCGUUCCUUCCUACAUUACACACAACAGCGGCAAUGCCAAGUAUGUUGUAUCGAGCAGGAAAAGAAGAAUUGGGGCCAGGAAGAAAACCAUAAUUUUUGAAGAUGUCGUCACCCAGAAAGACAUCUCCACGAUCAACUUGGUCGUCUUAGCUCUGAUGGAGUUCCAAAAACAACACAACAGCAUGGAUGUCCCGGAGAACUACGUCCUGAAGUCCCAGGAGAAUGAAGACUUAAAAAACUUCAAGUUGUGGAAGAAGCUGCAGGACAUUAAAAAUGAGAAGAGCGAAAAGAAGAAGAAGUAUAUUUACUUUGUUCUCAAGAAAAUGAACUUUCCUCUGGAUACCAUAUUUAGCCCAUCCGAAAUGCAGGAAUUCGAAAAAGACGAUGCGGAAAUAACAACCAUGUCCAAUUUGUCUACGGAGGAAAACGUGCACUACGACUAUGACGAGCGGCAAGAAGUCAGGAAGGAGCUCUUCUCUCUGUACAUUAAGAAGCCAAAGGACAAAGGGGGCGAAGACGUGAAGGACUUCCUCGCGUCGUACAAGUUUGUUCCCAAAAUAGCUGAACAGAACGUCCUCCCUAAUUACUCAAACAAAGCCACAAGGAAAAAGGGCAUCCUAAAACAGAUUGUCGAAAAUCUAAAGAAGGACCAGACAUUCACCUCCAACUAUGAUUACUACUACGAUCAUAUUUACAACAAUCAGAAUGACAAGGACGUGGACGAUUAUAUCUCCUUUAUCAUGAAGUAUAAGAGGACGCACGGGGCUGAGUAUGAUUAUUUUGUCAACGGGAGACCUUCCCUUUCGAACGAGCCGAAUCCGAAAGAAAAAAAAUUCCUUCUGUACACACGGAAGGAGACGGAAGGAGCCCACGCGUACGAUUUCGACAAAUGGUCCUUCGCCGACUUCGUAGAAGCCCUUGUCUAUUUCAACGAUCUAUACUUCGACUUGAACAGGGAGAGGUACGAGAGGUUCAAGACGGACCAAGGAGAGAAGAAGUUGGACGUCGUCGAUUUUAAUCUUGUGGAUCCGUCGUUCGUCGUUCCGAGUGAAGACACGUGGCCGAGCGAGUGGCACGGCAUGCCCUUGGGCAUGUACAUCGAUCAAAUAAGGAUGGGAGAUAUCGAUGCGAAGUUCCACUUCAUUAGGAGAAAAAUUUUGGAUUACCUCCUCUUUGAUUUUAAGUCAGAGGAAUAUGAACACAAGUACGUGAAUUUCACCUGGAGGAAGCUGUACCUUGGCCUGGCCUGGUUCAUUCACACGAGGGGGCACCCCAUAGUUGUCACCCCCAUGGAUAGGAUCCAGUUCGACACGUUUUCCAUGGACUUUUGCAAGCCGGAGGAGAUUCAGGGGCUGCGCCUCGGAUUCCUAAUCAUCCAAGCUCAAGCCCACGAGAAGAUAUUCUGGAAUAACUACAAAGAUAGAUUCGACUUUAUGAAGGGCCUCGAAAUCAACAUCAGAAGUGCGGACGAAUUGAUUUUCUAA